AUGGUACGUUCAAUACGUAACAUCAGUUACAAAAAUGAUACACACAACAAACAGAAUACAUUAGAUGUUUAUUAUUCAAGUAAAGAUUCAUUAAGAGAUGUUCUUGUGUUUGUUCAUGGUGGUAAAUGGAAACAUGGUCAUAAAAAUAGAUACAAAUUUCUUGGACGCAAUUUUGUUCGUAAAGGUUUAGUUACUGUAAUUAUUGAUUACAGUUUAUCACCUAAUCAAAUAGACAAGAUUGCUGAAGAUUGUGCUGCAGCUAUCAUAUGGGUACAUCAAUAUGUAUCUAAAUAUGGUGGUAAUCCAAAUCGAAUAUUUCUUAUGGGUUAUUCAAGUGGAGGACAUUUAAUAGAAUUUAUUAAUUCUAAUACUCGGUUCUUUGAUCAAUAUAAUAUGACAAAUCCAAUUUAUGGUAUUAUUUUACUUGAUGCAUUUGGUCUUGACAUAUGUGAAUAUUUGAAGCAAACAUCAUCGAAAACUAAUAAACAUUAUAAUACAUAUAUACAAGUAUGUUCUAAUGAUCCAAAAAAAUGGAGUCAAGCAUCAUCAAUGAAAUAUUGGAAAAAUAUACGAAAUCCUCAUCUUAUUUUAAUUGGUGGAAGAACUUAUCCAGUGAUUCAAACUCAAAAUAGACAUCUGUUUGGGAAUUUAAUAAUUUUACAAAAAGCACCAGCAGAAUUUUAUGAAAUUCCUCGUAGACAUCAUACCCAAAUGAUUAUCUAUAUGAUUUUCAGUAGAAGUCAACAGUACGAUAUUAUUUUAAAUUUUAUGAGAAGCAAUUGA